UUUUUCAAGAAAAGCUUUCUUAAAAGUGUUAUUUAUAUACUAUUACUUGCAGAUUUAAAUGUAAGUUCCAAAGAGAGUAGCCAUCACUGUGAAAAUAAAUUAUCAUAUAAAGAAGAUUUUGAUUCACAUGUCCCCACUUCUGUCAUCCAAUCAUCUUCAGAAAUAAAAUCAACAUCAAUUAUAGAAACUGCAGAAUUGAUGAAAAAAUCAGUUUUUUUGAGUCCAACCUUUAUUUCCAACAAUACGAGCGUUAUCCAAGGAGAAAUAGAAAUCGUUGGAAAUGUUGUAGUAGAAAGCACAGAAGUUAGUGCUGGACUUGUAAAUUAUGAAAAUAUAAUUGAAAAAGCUGAAGAAGUGUCCAUAGACAUGCUCCGAGAACAUGUAUCUUUGUCUAACGUACAAAAAUUGAUUCCAAAUUCCUCGACUACUCAAGAGAAUAAAGAGGGUGAUCAGAUUUUCAAUGGCAAUAUUAAAAUGCACGAUCUCGAAACACAAACACUUAUUGAUGAUCACGCAGAUGAAGCCUAUUCUUCUGAUUGCAGUAGCAAUAAUAUUGGAUUUUCUGCCGAACAUGAUUUAACUAAAUCCAAUGAAAACAAAAUUAAUAUCAUUUCAGAGGAAAUAAUUUAUCCUUCACAGUUGUACAAAUUAAAAAAUAAUUAUUCACCAAGAGAAAAUUCAUUAAUUCAUAUUCCGAUAAAUACUACGAUAAAAAGUCACAUUAAGAACAGCUUUCGAAAAGACGAUUUAAUUGUGGAUUUAAUACCUAAUGAAAUUGGAAGUAUUGAACCAGCUGAAAUGGCGGGUGUUAAUGAAUGUGACAUGUUCGAGCAGAAUUUUGGAAAAGAAGAUGACGUUUCAAAGGAAGAUUUUGAAAUUUUACAGAAUAUGAACAAAAUUGAUCUGUGCGCUGUUUUGAACGCAACUGAAUCUGAGUUCAUAAUGACCACUCAAAAUGAUGUAGAACCUCGACAACAUCUUGAAGUACUACCAAUUCCACACGAACAAGAAGUGAUUAUAGAAGACCAAGUGGCAAUUGAUACUGCUAUAGUUGUACCGUGUCAUAUUGAUUUUGUGGUCGAAAGUAAUUUAAUGUUAGAGCGGGAAGAAAUUAUUGCACUUAGCACAUGUUCGGAGCAUGGUGAUAAUGCAGAAUCUUUUGAAGUAAACGCAAGUUUCUCUAUUAAUUCCAAAAAUAAUGAAGUUAUUUCAAGUAAGGCCAUAUCAAAUGAAGAUAAAUCUGAUAUGUUGCUGGAUAAAAAUAAUGCAACGCCGUGUGUUAUGGAAGCUGUAAAUGAAAUUCAAAAUUCGCCUGGAAAUCAAUACUCUCUAAUGAAAGCUUGUUCACAAAGUGAAAAUACGCCUUCUGAUAGGGACACUUGCCAGGAGGCACUUGAGAGAAGGACAGAUGCUAACAUAUCAGAAAAUAAUAUUGUUGAACUACUGAGCACACUGCAAAACGGAGAGGCCUAUUUAACAAACUCUGAUAAGAAUAUUUCCUUCACGGAUGAUCGGAAUGAUGGCCAGGUUUCGUUUUGUAAAUCAGUCACGAACAAUGUGAUGAAAAGUGAAGGUAAAUGUCGACGGCGGUCUAAAUCAACACGGAAAACUUCCGACGAAAAUAAAGCCAGCAAUCCUAUAGAAACAUCACUAAUAGAUAAACACAAGCAGGACAAAAACAAUGCCGUUCAAGAAACAUCUACAGGAAGUCCCAUUGUAUAUUUCAAACAUUAUAAGAAGCAAAUUUGUGAACAAAACGAACAUGUUGAAAAACGAAAUGUACAAAAAAAUAGCAAGAAUGCACCUGAUGAAUAUAAAAAUAACGGUUCUCGAGAGAGCAAUAAACUGGAACUUCAGCACAUGAAUAAAGGUGCUGUUCAUGAGGACAAAAUUAGAGAAAUUGCUAAAUACUUAAGCGAAUUUGCUGACUUAAAAAAGAGAAAUCAUUUUAUGGAAAGAAAUAAAACGGUUGAGGGCAACGCAGUGAGUAAUAAGAAAAACAUCAUCUAUUCGAAAUCGUCCAUUCAAGGUGUUGAAAAACCGGGUGGUUCAGGAAUAACCAAAAUUCAAAAUUACCCGCCUACUAAAACGUAUGAACGUAGAGGUAGACAGGGCUGGAAAAAUAUUCCUUUGUCCACUUUUAAAGGUUCUAACACAUCUACCCAGUCCAUAGACCUGGCUGAUAGGAGAACUACUAAUAUUUCUAAUGAAAUAGAAGUAUGUCUUUGCCAUGAUUUUGGCCGAUUAAUGUCGUAUGAUGACGUAAACAGUUAUGAACAUAUUCAUUUCUGGAAUAAUGCAAGGAUGGAAUGUACGCCAGAUCUCAUAUUUAGUAUUUAUAGUGAAGAUGCUGCUCCUGUAACUAUUGAUGAUGAUAUAAGAGACUAUCUUAUUGAUGUUUGCGAUGAAACCCCUUAUAAAUUGUGUUGGAACGUAAUUAAACCUAUCAAUACAAAGGAAACAGAAAACAAUGUUACAUCAAGGGUAUAUAUCGAGAAUAUUAGGAAGAACGACAAUAAAAAGCAGGAAGCUGAAAAGGAACGCAUGGUUAAAAAUACAAUGCUAACUGUAAAUAUCUUACAAAACUGCGAAGGGAUACCAAAUGAUAAAGAUGAGCCUUCAGUAAAAACUGGACAGAAGCGUUCUACUCUCUUUCCUCCCGAUAAUGGCGAACGACCAGCGAAAAAUAAAAAACGAGAAACACCUACACAGUUACCGGAAACUAAACAAACACAUGCUUAUAUUGAAGAGCCACAUACUUCAACGAAGUCUGUGAAGAACAUUCCAAUUAAAAACAGCCCUCUAAAAGACCCAUCUUGUCGGAGUACGAUAUUUUUAGCAACUGGAGAACAUCAUACAGGGGCAUGCACCCCAGCAAAUGACACUACAACUGAGCAUUUUGAUCCGCCAUCAACUUCGAUAAAUGAGGUCAACAUUCACUGUAGACCAAAGACUCACCUGUUAACAGAGAAUGAAAAAAAGCCUAUCAUUUGUGGGGUCUGCCAACUAAGUGUUGAAGGCGAUUGGAUACAGCACAUCUCUUCAAAACAUGAUUAUCUGGCUUGGAAAUCAGGAGAACCGUCAUUGGAUGUCCACGAUGAGGUUGCGGUUCGUGAACACUUGAACGAGAUCACGAAGACGGGGUGUGGACUCACGUGCGGUAAAUGCGGACUCACUAGAAAAUAUGUAAAAGCUUAUUUGAGCCACGUGAGAAGAUGCUCGGAAUUAAAAGCUGAUUGUUCAUCUGAACUGCGGUCUACCGUGGAACUAGUAGAUUCUACUGUCAAAAUUAAAGACCCGCCUGCCGACGAUCGAGCCGAUCAAGUGAUAUGUGGCGUGUGUGAAGAAUCAAUGCAGGACUCAGAAUGGAAUGAACAUAUGUCAUCUCGACAUGAUUAUCUAGCUUGGAAAUCUGGAGAAUUACCUGUGGAUGUGCGAGAUGAGGCCGCAGUUAAAGCCCACUUAUAUGAGAUGACGAAGGCGUGUGGCGGACUGACGUGCGCUAAAUGUGGACUCACCAGGAAAUAUGUCAAAGCUUACUUGAGCCAUGUUCGAAAAUGCACUGGGUUGAGCGAGUCUCAAAACGAUAGCGCAUACAGCGUCUCAUCGGAGGUCUUUCCUAAAGUGGAAUCUAGUGAUAUUACUGAAGUAAUUGACGAAAAUGUAGCGGAUGCGAAUACUGGUCCAAUAAAAUGUGGAGUGUGCGAAGAAUCAGUACAGACGGAAGACUGGAAUCAUCACAUAGGUUCACGACAUAACUACUUAGCAUGGGAACAUGGAAAUACGCCUUUGGAUAUACAUGAUGAGGAGGAAGUUCGUAAUCACUUGUACGAGCUCACGAAGGCAUGUGGCGGCCUCACCUGCUCUAAAUGUGGACUAACCAGAAAAUAUGUUAAAGCCUACUUGAGUCAUAUUAAGUGCUGCGAUGGACUUAACGAGUCACAAAAUGAUAGUACAUAUAACGUUUCAUUCGAUGAAGUGAAGUUAGCCGAUAAAUCCGGUGAUACAAAAAUCGCAAUUCAAAUAGCAAAUGCGAAUGACUUGGUUAAAUGCGCGGUGUGUGAAGAAUCUAUGCGAGAAAAAGACUGGAUAAGCCACAUAGCCUCACAACACGAUUACUUAGCAUGGAAAGUUGGAGAUACAGCUUUGGAUGUGCAAGAUGACGCCGCCGUGAAAGACCACUUGUAUGAAAUCACGCACACAUGUGGCGGGCUCACAUGCUCUAAAUGUGGACUCACCAGAAAAUACGUCAAGGCUUAUUUGACUCAUUUCAAAAGCUGCAGUGGGAUUGAUGAAUCACAGAAUGCCAGUGUUUGCAACACCUCAACAGAGAACUCUGGUCUGGACGUGGUUGACUUUGCUAACAGUUCUACAAGCAAUCACAAAGUACACGAGUAUCUAGUAAAAUGUGGUGUAUGCUCGCAGGAUGUUCUAGAAACAGAGUGGAAUAGUCAUAUAGGCUUUCUUCAUAAUUAUCUCGCUUGGAAAUGUGGAGAGGAGAGUUUGGAUGUGGCCGACGAGGAAAAAGUCCGGAAGCACUUGGUAUGCAUCAAAAAGGAGACCGGUGCCUUGACGUGUGCGAAAUGCUGCAAAAAUAUAAAAACUGUAAAAAAAUACAUGAGACACGUCGAGUCAUGCGAAGGAAUAAGUAGUAGUGAUUUGAAAGACAGCUCUCUGGAUCUAGUGGUAGGGAGACAAGUGCAGGCGCUAACACCAGCAGACUCCGCGCUAGUGAAGUGCGGGGUGUGCGGACAGUACUCGGCGCACGACGACUGGACGCAACACAUAGCCGCCAGUCACGGAUAUCUGGCUUGGAAAGACGGCGAACCUCCUUUAAAUAUAAACGAUAAAGAGGAAGUACAAGUACACUUCCGUAAUAUUAUUAAAGAAAUCGGAACUCUGACCUGUCAGAAAUGUGAUCUGCCCUGCAAAUCUGUUAAGUCCUACUUACAUCAUGUGAAGAUUUGCGAGGGCAUAAAGGAGGAGAAGAACGAAAAUAAAUCUGCAGUGCCAAAAAUUGAAAAAGCGAAUACUUUCAAAUGCGGAGUAUGUAACGAAGUUGUAAUAAGUUUACUCUGGGCAAAGCAUUUGUCUGAAAAGCAUGAUUACCUCGCUUGGAAGGAGGGGGAUGCUCCUUUGGACGUGGACGAUGAUGAAGAGGUUCAUCAACAUUUGACCAAUUUUACUAAAGAAUUUGGGAGUUUGUACUGCAAGUACUGCGGAAUAAAUAGGAAAUACGCGAAACCCUUUUUGGAACACAUAAAGGCCUGCAAAAUUGGUGGUAUAAGAGAAAGAGCUCCCGUUGUUGAUUUUGAUGACGUGGACUUCGCAAGCGGCGGAACCUGCGGCGUUUGUGAAAAGGAAGUGGAGGCCGGCAAAUGGAUACAGCAUACUCAGAAAGAACACAAUUACUUAGCAUGGAGAAAAGGAGAAAGGCCCUGGAACUUGGAUGAUUUUGAAGACGUGAACCAGUAUUUGUACGUAAUUUGCAAAAGGAUGGAUGGUUUAACCUGUAACAAGUGUGGCUUAGUGAGAAAAUAUGUGAAAACUUAUUUGACACACAUCAAAAAUUGUGAUGUUAUCGACACGUCAGUUAAUGAAGGAAUCGGGCCUUCGAAUAAAGAUGAAAAUCAGUGCGCCAUGUGUAAAGAAGUGAUAAAGUCGGAAGAUUGGAAAACUCACGCUAUAGAAAAUCAUUACAAUGUAACUUGGAUAGUCGGCGAAACUCCUAUUGACAUCAAAAACGUUUACGCUGUAGAGAGAUUUCUUAAAGAAUACAAACAAAUAAAGGGUAAUUUAAAAUGUAAUGCGUGCGGUACCACUCGAGCGUCUUUUGCUGGCUUUUAUGCGCACAUCAUAAUGUGUAAAAAAACGGAGGAGGAAAUAGACAUGUAUCGAUCCCUGUGUGAUAUAUGCAAUAAUAAAUAUCUCUGCAUAUAUAAGAAUCAGCACGCAAUGAUGCACAGGGUACAAACGCUCACAGCGGAGGCCAAAAUAAAACCAAUUGAGGAAAAGAAAGAAAUUAAUAUAUUGGGCAAGAGGCGCGCUGCUGUGAAGGCGCGGUCAGUUAUUGAAAACUAUAGUGACAACAUGAGUAUGCAUUCACAUUCGUGUCAGUCAUGUGGAUUUGGUGCGGAUUUCAAAGAGGAAUUACAGAGGCACAAAUGCGAAGUGAGAAACGAAAAAGACUUCAGUGGAGACGAGGAUUCGGCCGCCGAGAUAGGAAGCUCAGAGGACGAAUCGGAAGAUACCGAUGUCGAUUCCAAUAUUUCUAAUGAGGUAAAUGACUAUGGGGACGACGAUGAUGAUGAUGAUGACGAGCUUCAAGCGAAAAAGAAACGGUAUAGAGAACCUGCGCCAGUGUUGUCGAAAGUGACACGUAUUCCCUUCAAAGUUGAAGAUGUAAAUUCGUAUAUACGCAAUGGCGACGAAGAUUUUUGUAAAACUUAUUUGACGAUUGAAGUCUUGUUUCCUCGAUGGCAAUGUCAACACGAACCCGUACUCGAAUCUGAACUGACAAGAUACAUGCCACCACUGGAGCACUCCUGUAAAUUCAAAACUGUUUCUGCUUGGACAACUUUGAAGAGAUUCCAAGCUUUAGAGGACGACAGUGGUACCAGCAUAUUCGUGGGUGCAAGCAUAGUGUGUAUCGCCUGGGUGCCGCCCCGAGUAGAGGAUAUGUCUGACGGGGCGUCCAACUUCCUGGCUAUAGCUUGCCACAACGGUCCGGACUGCCCGCGUUACCAAGGCGGAGAAACGCCGAAAUACGAAAAUUUAAUACAAAUAUGGUGUUUCAACAAGUUUCGAGGAUUACCGGAGAUAGUGUUGGGUGUAGCACACGACUUCGGGACGGUUUGGUCGAUGGACUGGUGUCCGUCGGGUGCGAGGGAUGCCUUAACUGCCGAGAACGCGCCGAGUCGUCUGGGGCUGCUCGCGGUGGCGUGCUCUAGCGGAUCCGUCUACAUUUUUGCUGUUCCCUAUCCGUCCACUGUAGUUAAGAAUAAUCAAAUUGUCCAGAAACUGAAACCAGUUGCGGAGUUAAGAAUGAUUAUGGGCAGUAACAGAAAACCAUAUCAGGCAACUUCUGUUUCGUGGUCUAAACAAAAAGAACAUAAUCUAGUAUUAGUCGGUUACGCGGAUGGUUCAACGGCCUAUUAUGAUUUGCAUACCGACUCGCCUUUGUUGUCGGUGGUAGAAAAUAACGUUCAAGUGUUUCACCCGUAUUACGACGAACGACCACACAAUACCUGCAUUACAGGUACGGAUCUGUACCCGGUGUCCGGUGACGCGGCCGGAUCUGGCAGCGGCGUGUGGACGGCGCCGACCGGCGCGGAGCUCGCGGCGCGCGCCGGCACGGGCGCGCCGGGCCGCGCGCGGCUCUCCACCGCCUCGCUCGGCGUGGCAUUCGCGCCCCAGGCCUGCACCGCCGUCAUUGCUGGAGACGACGCCAUCAUGCAAGCGUCUGUGAGCGAACUGGUGUGGGUGCCGCCGGGGCGGCGCCUGGGCGGCACGCGCUGCGCGGCCGGCUGCGCGCGCUGCGGCCGCGUGGUCGCGUCCAUGCCGCCCACCCUGCGCAUCAUGCGCAUGCAUCCCUCCUUCUGCGACGCCAAAAAGCAGAUUAUUGGAAUGAUAGAAAUGACUCACCUCGCGAAGAAGAGAAAGAAAAAAGUCAACGAUGAGCUAUCCAUGAUCAUAGAACCCUUGACUUAUGAUGACGCUGUCAGCAAAUAUGGAAUCGCUUUCACGAGAAUCGCCAAAAGUAAUAGGGUAAUGCAACAGCAAUGUUCGGCGAAGCCAAAGACACAUUGCCCGGAGCGAUUCCCUCUAGCAGAUGUUGAAUCCAUGGCCUUCUGCCCCUCCAAAAAGUUCCAUGACAAACUGGCUAUUGCCACACACGCCGGUAUACUGUUCCUAAUUACCACAAAUUAAUAUGAUGAUAUUUUAAUUGUUGCUGCCUCCAAGAGCUACUUCUUUUAAGCAGGCUUGCGGCUCAUGCAAAUCAUUAAAAGCGACAUGCCUGUUAUAUCAAAUUGAGAUCAAUUUCUAAAGUUCAGACGUAACGUUAAGGGUAACGUACUCUUUAUCUUAUUGCGCUUUCCCGCUUUCCAAUAUAAAAAGGCCACGAUUAACUGUAACUAUGCCUGAAAAGCGUUUUCUUUCCAUUAUUGAUAUAAGGGUACAUUCACCUUACAGAUAAUUGAAACGUUCAUGUCAUGAUAAUUCAGUCAUCUCACGUCUUUUAGUCCAGUUUUGUCUUUAACUAUCAAAAGCAGGAAAUACUAAUUUAAAUUAUGUUGGCAUUUAAGGUAUUUGCCCAAACAUUCGUGUUUCAUAAUGGGAAGCAAACAGUUAGUAUUGGUGCAAAUACAUAAUGUAAGGUGAGAUGAAUUGCAACGAUUAAAUUGGAAGAAAAAACAAAAAAUGCAUAGCCGUGUCUUGCCGAAAGUAUACCGGUUGAAAAGUUAAAGAGUUGUUAUGUAAAUUAUUAGUACUUGGUGUAAUUAUUAGUUACUUGACUUACUUGUUGUAUUUAAAAAUCGGUUGUCGCAGAGCUAUAGCCCUAUCGACAAGCCGAUUGGGAAGCUGUUAUCGUAUAAAUAUAAACAGAAGUUGUAAAUAUUGUAAAGCCUUAUUAAUAUAAUUGUUUACCAAAAGAGAUGCUGUUAUGUUGUAUACAUAUAAGAGAUAUAAUUAUGUAUAGUAUAGGUGUUUAUACGUAAAUAAAGCGCUCCGAUGAUAGUAGAAUCGAUAGCAACAUUCGAAAGUAAGAGCACUACAGUAAUUUUGAAGUGUCCAGAGAUAAAGUCACAUUUUUCAUUUAUCAGUUAUCACAAUAUAUUUAUGUAAACGUGGCUGUUGAACGUUGACGUGUAUACGUGCAUAUUUUUGCCUAAUACCAGAUUAGAUUGCUAUCGUGCUCCGCUUGAAUUGAGUAUUUUUUGUUUUUAUUUCUUGUUUACAGUAUGCAAAUGAUGCAAACAUUGGUAUAUUAUACCAAUGAGUAAUAUUUAGUUUUACAGCAAAUUACUACAAUGUCAGUAAGUUCAUUCACUACAACGCACAUGGAGGAUAGUACUACGUCUUGGUUGUAUUAUUAUAAAUAUUUUUCAAACAACUAGGUUUUAAUGAUUUUACGAUUGCUUUGUCUACUGAGAAAACCUUUUAUAAUUGUGGAUUAUCUUACUCACAUGGGGCGUUUAUUUCUACUUAAUUAUGUAUGUGGCGAUUUCGAGAAGUGUACUCAAUGUCGGUAGUCACUAAUACGCUACUGUCAUGAAAAAUAUUGCGUCACAUGUAGUCUUUAGACACGACUUUGCUGUACCUACUCGUAAACACGUUGUAUAGACGUGAUGGCGUUAAAGUAUUAAUUUAUUACUGCAAUAUUUUUAUUUUUAUUAUAUUUUGAACUUUGGACUUCUUCCCACUGACUGAUAAACCGUGUUGUAAUGUUAACCUUUGGGGUUUGGGUGCAUGUUUUACUGUAGCGAUACUUACGAGUACCAACGGUUUUAUAUCAACAACUACAAAGUGCACAUACUCGUAGAAUGGCCCCUGAUGCCGCCAAUACCAGCUACCGAUACCGAAAAGCAAGUUAACAGCUUUGUUUUUGAUGUCUAAUCAACAAACAUUAAACACAGUUUCAGUUCAAGUCGGUUACUAACCAGAGCCCGUCUAAGCUUACUCUGCACCGAAUUUGACAAAACGAAAUAUGGGAGUCUCAUGACAAACGCCAUUAUUCAUAGAAAUUUGAUGUAUAUGUUGACACCUCCACAAUUUGUUAUCGCAAAGUCCUUGCAAAGUUAGCUCAGUACCUACCUACUUCAACUCUAGUACCUAGUAGUAGGUAUACCUGCCAUGAUGAACUCAUAUUAAAAAAAAAAACGUAUUUGGUGAUUGGUUGAUUGCUGAGCUGUACAAAGCCUUGAUUGUACUUGAAAGCGCUGUACGAAGAUAAUCGAGUCCACAGGAUUCGUCAAGUUCCCUAAUAAUUUAAGAUCGCGUGCUGGUGGCGCAUAUUGGAGGGCAGCACGCUAUUUCAGUACCUACAGCUCGUGUGACGUUUGAUACGAAUCACUGUAAAUCUGCUGUAAAUAAGUAGGUACAUUCAGGAGAAAGAAAAGUUACUGUAGAUAUUAGUACCCCAUUAUAUUUUAUACUAGAAACAUUUGUAAAUAGGUAUACAGGUUGUUAGUAUGUGUAUAUAGUUCCAGAUAAUAUACAUACUCGUACCUACAUAUUGUUUUGUAUAUUAUUAAGGUAGAGUGGUAGACAUAAAAUAGACGUAAACAUAUUUAUUCCUUUAAAAAUUAAGUACUUAUAUAUCGGAUUUCACAGUGAUAUUAAUAUUAGGUUACAUUUAUAACUAUCCUUGUAUAUUUCUUUGUACCGUGCUUGUUCCAAAAUAAAGUUUAAACUUUA